AAUAAACCGGUUUUGUUCCUUGUUUAUAAACAAAUAAUUAAAUAAACAACAUCAUCUUCAGUAAUACGAGGAUCUUAGUGAACAUCAGACAGGCAUCGUUAUGAAGAGAAUGUUAGUUCUGCCCCUGGUGGUAGGGUUAACUAGUAUCCUUGGAUCUACCAGAGCUUCAGUUUGGGAUUCUUCAAAUUGUAAUGUACAGGGAUUGAAUGGAGCUGUUGUUGGAAAAGUAACUGAUGCACUGUGUGCCAAGUAUAAAACUUGCGAUAAAAUAAACAAUGGAACAUAUACGACAGUUUAUAAGAAGCAGGAAGCUUGUGAGGAGGAGGCUGUAUGUAUGUGGAAGCAAGGUGCUUGUAUGCAGAACAGAGAUGUCUAUAACAACGUGUGUAAUCCACCUGAUGUCAAGAUCAACCCUGUAUGCAAUGCUAUAACUAAGGGAAUCUGUCCUAUUCAAUGGCAGGUGAAAGCUGAGUGUUGUGAGGGUGAGGAUGGAAAGUAUAAGGAGAACCUUGAAUCUAGGGAUGGGUUUGUGUGCUGUAACACCCCCUGCGAGUCUCUGGAGAAAUCAACUGGAUCUAAUCCUGACGUCUGUAAGUGGUCUGACCAUAGGAACAAUACGCAGUGCGGACCAUCGGGAAAAAGUUUCUUUGGAGGGCCCUUUGGGCUUUCUCCAGGUUAUGGAGAAUACUUGCCUCCUGAUGCCGUUGAGUCUAUGUUUGGUCUCCGUCCUGGUCGACCAGUUCAAUAUGGAUCCGUCCGUCCUGGUUUUGGAUACCAGGGGAUACCCGGUCCUGCUGCUAUUGGUGCUAUUGAGCAGAUUGGUGUUGGGAAGAGUAAAGAGUAUCAUACGGAUGAAAUCACUGUGGAUGAUCUAAUGGAUACUCUCAUCUACGCUCUUGAUAACGACAAUGAUGUGUUCGAGAGAAAUACUGAGAUUAAUUCUGAUCCUUGGUUUGGCAAGCAAGUGUUUGGUGGGAAUCAGAAUGAUUUUUCCUUGAUUGAUCCAUACAGAUUUAUUGAUCAGAUUUACGGAAAUCCGUUUGGAUUAUCUCAGGCCAAACUUAAUUAUGGAGAACUCUAUGGAUUGGAGGACAGUAAAUUUAGAAAUCCAUCUAAGGGGUUUGAGUAUGAUUACAGUCUUAGGCCACAAUAUGGAAGUGGCCCCAGCAUGUAUGGGGGUGGAAAAGGACCUUAUGGGGAUGGGUCCUACGGUGGUGGACAAGUCGGUAGACCUGGGCCUUAUGGUCCAACCAGGCCUGAGCAGUACAAGACUGGGCCUAUAUCUAAUGGACUGAGAGCAGACACUUAUCUGAAACCUAUGCUAAACCCUAUGUAUAAUCCAGGAAUGAUCCAGCAGACAGGACAAGGUUUUAUGGGAAUGGGACAGAAUUUUGGAGGAAACCAAGGAGCAAGUGAAGGUUUAUUGAGACAACGUGGGGUUUAUCCAGAUCAAAGUGUUAACCUGCUCAGCCUGCAGAUGGGUCAAGGUCUACAAGAUAUGGGCCAAGGUACGCGAGGCAUGGGCCAAGGAAUGUCCGGGUUUUAUAUGGGCCAAGCACAGAUUGGAAUGGGCCAAGGAAUGUCUGGACAGAUUGGAAUAGGCCAAGGAAUGUCUGGACAGAUUGGAAUAGGCCAAGGAAUGUCUGGACAAAUGGGAAUAGGCCAAGGAAUGCCUGGACAGAUGGGAAUAGGCCAAGGAAUGUCUGGACAGAUUGGAACGGGCCAAGGAAUGUCUGGACAGAUUGGAACGGGCCAAGGAAUGCCUGGACAGAUUGGAACGGGCCAAGGAAUGCCUGGACAGAUUGGAAUGGGCCAAGGAAUGUCUGGACAGAUUGGAAUGGGCCAAGGAAUGCCUGGACAGAUUGGAAUGGGUCAAGGAAUGCCUGGACAGAUGGGGAUGGGUCAAGGAAUUCCUGGACAGAUGGGAUCUGGCCAAGGAAUGCCUGGAUACAUGGGAACUGGCCAAGGAGUGCCUGGACAGAUGGGAACUGGCCAAGGAGUGCCUGGACAGAUGGGAACUGGCCAAGGAGUGCCUGGACAGAUGGGAACUGACCAAAGAACGUUUAGUCAAACCGAAAUGGGACUAAAUGGUUUUUUUCAACAGGGGAUAAAUCUUGGAAGUUUCAACCAAAAUCGCCAACCCAAUGGAAACCAGUUUGGUGCAGUUCCUGGUGCAAGUCCAUCUAAUACAGGACAACUUCCAGAAAUGGGACAAUAUCCAGUUCCACAAGCAAAUCAGCAGAUGAGUAGUGGACCCCGUGUAGAACAAUCUAACCAGCCACCAUCCUCAAGAUUACCUCGACCUGAAGGUCUAAAACCAAUCCAACCUUUACAACCUGGAGGAUCUCUACAAUCUGGUCAGGGUCCAGCUAGAGAACAGCAAGGUACAGGACCAAACCUUCAAGUACAGUUGUAUCCACCUAGCCAAGGACCCAACUUUCCACAAAGUCAGUCUGGUUCAGGACCUAGCUUUCCACCAGGACCGCCCGGUCAAGGACCUAGCUUUCCACCAGGACAGUCUGGUUCAGGACAAAACUUUCCACCAGGACUGUCUGGUCAAGGACCUAGCUUUCCACAAAGUCAGUCUGGUUCAGGACAAAACUUACCACCAGGACAGCCUGGUCAAGGACCUAGCUUUCCACCAGGACAGCCUGGUCAAGGACCUAGCUUUCCACCAGGACAGCCAGGUCAAGGACCUAGUUUUCCACCAGGACCGCCCAGUGAAGGACCUAGCUUUCCACAAAGUCAGUCUGGUUCAGGACACAACUUUCCACCAGGACAGCCAGGUCAAGGAUCUAGCUUUCCACCAGGACAGACUGGUCAACGACCUGGACCAAGUCGCCCAGAAGUCAAUGGAUUGAGGAAUAUACCAAGUCAGCAAGGUCAAACAUCCCAACCAUCCAAUGCAAAGUCGAGUCCAAUACCCCAGCAGCAGUACAAUCAACAAGAACAGUAUAUCCCAGAUGAUUCAUUUGAUAAUCUGUUAGAUAGUUAUGAGAUGUUUGAGACUAUUUACGAACGACGUAGAGCAGCGGAAAACCGUCCUUGAUUUUUAAAUUUUUAUAUAUGUAAUUUUCUAGCUAGUUAAACUAAUAAAUUUUUUACUCUUUAA